CACACACACGCAUCUUGGUUUGGUGCUUGCAACCUCAGUUCAUCCCGGAACUCACAAUCAAAACAACAUGCCAACACCCAGUGUACACGAAUCAGACGGCGUGGGUACGGCAGACGCACCACCUCUAAGCAGCAGCGCAACUCUGCCUCUGAGCAAGCUCGUCCUACCAGCCCUUCGCCCCGUUGCCAACACGACCACCGCCACCACCACCACCACCACCAAUCAAGACGACCCUGCUGCUCGUCAGUCGCACGAAGCAGACGCCUCUUCGCGCCGGUCGUCUACAACUGCGACUCGGCCCAAUUCGAACGCUGCCGACUCGGACAACCCGGCCGCCGCGCAAUUGACAGGGCAAGAGUCUCCCCCUCCCCCGCCGCCCACGCCGGCAAGUCCCCACUCGCGGCAGUCGUGCGCCUCGCCCUCUGAUGAUAGAGUGCGCAAUGGCACCGCGCAGCCACCGCCAAUGCCGUCGUCGUCGUCGUCGUCGUCGUUUCACACGCGCCAAAUUCUCAGCGAGCACCCAAACACGCGCACAAUGAACGCACACGCACAUGCAGCGCUGCUGGCCAUGGUCGAGCGCCAAGAAGCGAUCGCCUGCCACACACAGUACGAAACCGACAUGUCCAACUUUUGCGACUCGGACCUGUCAGCCAGAGACCGGCUGGCCAGCUUGGGUGACGCCGUUUCGCAGAAGGUCGGAGAGCAAGCGCACCAACUUGUGGGAAAGUUUCGAGCGUUUCAAGCUGAGCGCCAGCUCCGCAAGUUGAACGCCGCCACGGGCGACACUGCUCACGCUCCCAACUUUCCCCUGUUGGUACCAACUGAGGCAAGCACGGGUGGACUGGGUCUCACUCCAAUCAUGUCCAACGAGCCUCUGGUCACCUCGGUCGUGGUGCGCAAUCCUCUCAAAGUGUCGAGAAGCGGCGAGCGAGCGUCCAGUCUGGCGGAAUCGCCACUGGUUUUGCGCGGUGAUGAGCAUUUGCGAUUUACCUCGUCGUCGAGCCUCGCGUCGCUGAAUGCUGAAAAGUCAGCGUCCAUCACAUCCGAGGACGUACGAAACGCUCAGAUUGCAGUUGAGGCUGCGUCUGUUGCUCGUGGGUGGUCGCUCGCGUCCGGCUCGAAUCCUCCUCCUCUUCCUCCUCCUCUUCCCUCUGCUGCCACUGCAGUAUCUCAGAAUCCUACCCAGUCAACAACGGGAGCAACGCAACAUGCACCGGUGGGUGCAUCGGCGUCUGCAGUUGCUGAAUCCUCGAGCAACGUUGGGUCUCAGCCUCGAAAGACAUCUAGACGCCUCUCCGAUGUGCUACUGUUCCGCAGGGCGUCGACAAAUAGUGGAGGUGCCGAGGCUGCUGAUGCCCCGUCUUCAGAGGAGGUGGAUCUCGCAGAAACCGAACGACGGCUUUCCACAUUGACAACGCAGUGCGACAAAGAGCAGUGUGCACCGGCAGCAGACGAGCACGUCUCUGCAUAUGAGUUUGUGCAUUCCGACCAAGGUCCUGCGACCAGUGGCGACGCCGUGGAGGACCACCCUUGA